AGGAAGAGUUCUAAUGAUGGUGUUUCAUGAAGAAAGUGCGGUGGGCAAGCCAAGCAGUGCGGUGUGAAGAUGGUGGACAACUAAUCGUGUAGUUGUUUUACAGGCCCAAAAGACUCAAGUUUUCUUUACUUUUGUGUUGUGUUUGAAAGUUUAUCAGUUCAGUAGUGCCCGAAGACUGUUUUACCGCGAGUUCAGUUCGUUGUGUUUCGUUGAAAAAUGUCUAUCCACGCGAAUAGUGCAAAGUUAGUGUUACCACUUGGUCAGAGCGGAACGGUGGUGUCUCGAUACCCGAUGCGUCUAUUACGCUGGGUCUCAGGCUCGCGGUUUGCGGCACAAACCACAAAUGGAUUCAGAAAACUCAUCAGAUGGCGAGCUGAAUGUGAAGAGCGGAGGUUACGCAUCAUCUGAUGAAGAAAGAAGUGUAAAAAGUGGUCAAAAAUCACCCCGCAGUCCGCCUGACAGCCCACCUGACAGCCCGCCUACCAGACAGUCUCCUCCCAGUAGUCCCAAUGCCACAAGGAGGUCUCGCUCUAAAAGCCCCAGUCCAGAAAGUAAUGGGGUGCUCCCUGAGAAGCAUAGCCCAUCAGGUAGCCCCUCAGGACAUUCUUCAUCGAGGAGCCCUUCAAGACGCUCUCCAUCUGGCAGCCCUUCAAGACGCUCUCCAUCUGGAAGCCCUUCAAGACGCUCUCCAUCUGGAAGCUCUUCAAGGCGUUCCCCAUCUGGAAGUCCCUCUCCAUCCAGAAGUCCUUCAAAGCGCUCUCCAUCUCAUAGUCCUAAACAUGUUUCAAGAGAGAGUCCACGAAGCCAGUCAGCAGCUAGUGGUCCCAGUCCAGGCAGGCAAUCCCCAUCAAGCAGCCCUGGAAACCGACGCCAAACUCCAUCUCCACAUCAAGGUAGUCCAGUGAGAGAGCAGCGUUCCGACAGAGAAAGUUAUUCUCGCCGCACCCAUGGAAAGAAGUCCAAAAAAAGUAGUGGGGGCGAGGGUAAUGCUUCUGAUGGCAGUGAUGAUGAUGGCAAUAGUAGUAUAUCAUCAUCCUCAUCAUUUGGUGCAGCCUCAGAAUCUAAGAAACGCCCAGUGUUAUUAGAAAAUGGUGAUCAAAAAGAGAAAGGAAAAUUUGAGCCUCACAAAGCAGAAGAUCUUUCUGAUGUGUCAGAUCUAGACAGUGCUAAUGGUGAUGGCAGCCUUGACUCCCUCUCAGAUGAUGAGGGAUCACGGAAGAAAAAGUCAAGAGAAGAUGCGAAGAAGCCAGCAUCCCCAGUUCGUACUACUCAAACUUCAAACAUCCGCAAAGAUAUAGUUUCUCAUUCAGAUGAAAUGGAACAACUUGACUUUGAGGCUGAGGAGCCUCAGAGUAAAGAAGACAAGGAAGAUGGGGAAUGUGGUGAGACUGCUCAGGCUGCUCAGCCCUCUCAGACAGAUCCAGAACCUAGCACUGCAAAGAGUGAGGGAGAUGAUGGAGAGUUGAAUAAUGAGGAAGUAGAAGAAGGUGAAAUCACUGAUGAAGAUGAAAACCGACCUGAAGAAACGGAACCCCGUCCAAUUUGUCGAUUUUACAACCGAGGUCAGUGCACAUGGGGAUCAAGCUGCCGUUUUCUUCAUCCUGGUGUUACUGAUAAGGGUAACUACACCAUGUUUGAUAUGGUUCGGCCUUUAGUCCCUACUAAUGGACCUCCCAUGUAUGGGUCCAUGAUGGACCCAUACCGACCACCCUUGGAACGUCCAAUGAUGGCGCCUGUUGGACCAUUGUACACUUCACGGAAAGAAGAGGCCCCUGCAGUUGAAUCUGCAUGGGAGCGUGGUCUUCGAACUGCUAAAGAAAUGAUGAGAAAGGCGUCUAAAAGAAAAGAGACUGACAUGGAUUUUGAAGAAAAGAAGAUGAACUUGAGCUUAGGCCAAGAUGAAUUGGAUAAAGAAAAUGACUAUUACACUCGCCCUGCAAGCCCUGCUCUUGAAGAUGAUCUCGACCGAUGGAAUUCAAAGGAGCCACCGGAGGGUAAACAUCAUCGGAUGGUGGUCACCGACAGAUAUGACGCAAUGGAUCCUUAUUAUGGGCAUCAUCGAGAGGGUCGUGAGAGGUGGGCUCGUGGGCACUAUGAUGAUGUGCGUGAACCUUAUGGCAGGGAACAUUUGUAUGACAGUCGUCACCCUGGGCCACAUCAUGAGUCUCAUAUGGCGUACAGAGCUCACAUGCACACUUCAGGUCAUCAUGAAGGUUAUUAUCCUGACAAAUAUGAAAAGAAAAAGAAAUCUCACACUGUGCGGGAAGUCAUCGUUCAACAUUCACGGAAACCAUCAUAUAAGGAUGAUAAGCCAAGUGGAGGACCACACAAAGGAGGCAGAGGAGAUGAGUGGGCUGACCCAUGGAUGAGGUCAAAAUCCCCCACAGCCCGCAAAUCAAGACCUUCAAGACGUCAAUCAUACUCAUCAGGCUCUUCUUACUCAUCUUCUAGGUCUUCUAGGUCAUCUUAUUCUUCUUAUUCCCGUUCUGGUUCAAGAUCCCGAUCUCGGUCUAAGUCGCGCUCCGCGUCCGGUUCUCGUUCACGGUCGCGCUCACCCCCUCACCCUUCCCAAUCCCUCAGGCGAACAGGAGCAGCUCCAGGACGUCCCGGUAAAGGCGGCAGUCCUGCCCAGUCCAGACAGCGGCGGAAUCCACCAGACCCACGAGCACGAGGACCAAGGGUUGGAACUCCUGAUGACAAACGGUCUGGUCAUGUUGGUGCCUCUGCCUCAGUUACCCGAAAACCCAGACCUCCUUCUCCAGGUGCCACUCGUAAAUCUGGUACUAAUCCUGUUUCUACUGCUGGUCCCGGUAGAGUUGCUGGUGCCAAGGUACGGUCAUCAAAGCCUUCUCGCUCAUCAUCAUCAGAGUCCAGUGGCUCAAGUAGUGAUAGUUCUGACACCAGCUCUAUGGGAUCAUCAUCUAGCAGUAGAGACCCUACUCCACCCCCAAAGCCAAAAACUAAAAUUCAGAUGGAUGAACGCCUUAUGGCACAGUCCACUAAAGUUAAGGCUAUGGAUGCAUUAAAGCUUUCUGGCCAGAAACAACAAAUAAAAUUGACCCUGAAAACUCCGGGAUCUAACCCACAGAACCCUUCAGAUGAUCCCAGAAGAAGUGCUGUUGUUGCAGGCAAGAAGAGAACUGCAGAAACCACACCUCCUCCAGAAACAGCAAAGGCAAGUGCUGCUGCUAAACCUCCUGUCAAGAAAACAACAUCCCGAAGAGAAGAACUAUUGAAACAAUUAAAAGCAGUUGAGGAUGCAAUUGCUCGCAAACGAUCAAAAAUAACAUAGUCUUUUUAAAUUAUAGGUCCUGGUAAUAUUUUUUUGAAUCAUGUUGAUGUCAUAUUGACACAGAUCCUCUCUGCUUUGAGGCAGCUUGUAAAGUUAGAGUGUGGUUCAAUCUAUUCCAAACUGUUCCCUCUCUGCAUAUGUCAUAUGCACUUGCAUCCUGGUAUUUAGGUAAUUUUUAUCUGUUCUGUUAAUUGAAGUUAUGCACAAUGUUAACUUUGUUUAUCUCAUAGAAAUGGAAUGAACUUUUCUAGUGAUUGAUUUGGCAAUUUUAGAGUUCAACAUAAGGAGAGGUAUUUUUGUUUUGUGUUUUGUUAUUUGAUUCAGCACAAAAAAAUAUGAACUAAUUUGUGGUCAUAGAUAUUUUUUACCUUUUGAAAACCUCAUUUGAUUUUUUUUUUAUCUAAGAUCAUCGACCUCUCUAUGUUGUUUACCUCUAGUACCUGUAGUACUUUGUUCUUCUAAUUGGUUUGAACUAAGUGAUAUUACAGAUGUGCUGUAUUUGUAUGCUGCCUUAAAUUUCAAAAUCUAGCUUGUAGACCUUUAGAUUAGACCAAGGGCUACAAUGUCAGCUAAUAUAAUAGUAAUAUUUGGAGUGAAGUCCAUCUUGUCUGUAUUAUAUCAUACCUGUGCUCAUGUCUCUUUUUUUUUUUUCCUCUUCAUUUUUUUCAUUUCUGGUAACUUUCUAGUAUUGUACUUCCAUCAAACUAUAUUAUAGUUGAAUCUUUCUGAAGUAACUGCCAAUCAUUUUCUGUAGUACUUGUGCUUCCGUAAUGGUUCAUGUUCUCAUAUAUUUUUACUUGUUUAUACUUUCUCAGUGAUCUACAAGUUAUUCAUCCAUUUUUUUUUGUCAUGUACUAUUUAAAACUUUUGUAUGUAGUGUAAUUAAAAUAAAACAUGCAUCUCGUAA